CCGUCUCCUUUGUGGUCGGUGCUGCUACAGUGUGCGUGUACGGCCGGUUUUACAUCAAUAACAUAACAUAAGCUAAGAUGCAAGGAAACAGAGGAGGUCAGCACAACCACGGCCAGCCGAGACAGCAGCAGAACCUGCAGCAUGAGAGGAAUCAGCCAGGAAUGGACAGCAACGGGCAGCACGCUGAAACCGGAGCGCAGGCCAGCCUCAAUUCUGGUCUGACCAUUGACCUGCAGAACUUCAGGAAGCCCGGUGAGAAAACGUACACACAGCGCUGCAGGCUGUUUGUUGGCAACCUGCCUACCGGCACCACAGAGGAAGAAGUGGAGAAACUCUUCUCCAAAUAUGGCAAACCCUCCGAGAUCUUCAUCAACAAGGACCGAGGCUUUGGGUUCAUCCGGCUGGAAACCAAGACGCUCGCCGACAUCGCCAAGGCCGAGCUGGACAACACGCACUUCCGCGGCCGUCAGAUCCGCGUGCGCUUCGCCACUCACGGCGCGGCUCUGUCGGUGAAGAACCUGCCCCCGUUCAUUUCCAACGAGCUCCUGGAGGAGUCCUUCUCCCUGUUCGGACCCGUCGAGCGCGCCAUCGUGAUCGUGGACGACCGCGGCCGGCCCACGGGGAAGGGCAUCGUGGAGUUCGCCAACAAGCCCUCGGCUAGGAAAGCCCUGGACCGAUGCUCUGACGGCGCCCUUCUGAUAACCACGUUUCCUCGUCCAGUCACGGUUGAGCCAAUGGAGCAGCUGGAUGAAGAAGAGGGGCUUCCCGAAAGGAUGGUCGGCAAAAACCCACAGUACCACAAGGAGCGCGAGCAGCUGCCGCGCUUCGCCCAGCCGGGCUCGUUCGAGUACGAGUACGCCAUGCGCUGGAAGGCGCUGAUGGAGAUGGAGAAGCAGCAGUUCGAGCAGGUGGACAGAAACAUCAAGGAGGCGCAGGAGAAGCUGGAGCAGGAGAUGGAUUCGGCACAACACGAGCACCAGGUCAUGCUCAUGAGACAGGAUCUGUUGAGGAGGCAGGAGGAGCUGAGGCGCAUGGAGGAGGCGCACAACCAGGAGGUGCAGAAGAGGAAGCAGAUGGAGAUGCGCCAGGAGGAGGAGCGGCGCCGCCGGGAGGACGAGCUCCGCGCCCAGACCGAGGAGAUGCUGCGGAGGCAGCAGGGCGCCGGAGCGUUCGCAGAGAAGAGGGAGCAGGACAUGAGGAUGCACAUGGGAGGUCAAGGCCUGCCCAUGAACAGGAACCCAAUGGGAGGAAAUGCGACAGCACAGGCGGCACCCAACAUGCCUAACGAGGGAACCGGAGCGAACCCGGGCGGUCUCCCUCUGCCGUUCCCUCGCCCCGGCCCGCCGGUGGACUUCAAGCGUCGCCGAUUCUAACGGAGCGGGAUGCACGACUGGAGUGUUUUUUUUUUUUUAUUGUAACUGUUUUUUACACAUGCGAUCACCAUCUGUACGAUAUUUUUAAGUCCACACCAUGGAUUUAGUAGCUCGUCCUGUACACCUUAUUCUUUUAACAUGGAAUUUGUUCUAAGUUUCUAAAGUUGAUUGAUUGAUUUUUCUUUUGGGUUUAUUGUUCGUACGUUUUGUAUAGUCCCUGUGUUUAUUUGAAUUAAUGUGGUUCUUUUUUUCUUAUUUGUAUAAAAUAUACCCCAUCCCCCCACCUUCUUCACCUUCAUGUAUUUUUUAUAUAGUCAUAGUUCUUUAAUUUGUCAAAUCUGCAUUUCUAUACGACUAACAAUAAAUUCAGGAUUCCGUGGGAA